UAGUCUUUGUCUCUAACAUAGGGCUGCAAAACUCCUGCUCUGAGAAGUUCAUUGUAGACUGCUGUCUCGUCACUCGCAGACUCGUACAGAGAGGAUGCCCUCUGUUGAAAAUAGCACAAUGGCUGACAGCAAAACGAAGUCCGCUAAAUCUGCAAAUAAGACUCCUCCAAAGUCUCCAGCAGAUCCAGUAAAGGAGAAGGCAGCUAAACGGUUGUCCUGCGAGUCCAACAGUUCCCAUGAGGGGGCCGUGGCAGGAGAGCUCAGUGCCCUUGAAGAGGCUUUUAGAAAAUUUGCCAUCCAUGGAGAUACCAGAGCCACAGGAAAAGAAAUGCAUGGGAAGAACUGGUCCAAGUUAUGUAAGGACUGUCAUGUGAUAGAUGGGAAGAAUGUGACGAUCACAGAUGUUGACAUUGUCUUCAGUAAAAUCAAGGGGAAAUCCUCUAGGACAAUUACUUUUGAACAGUUUAAGGAAGCUCUUCAAGAACUCUCCAAGAAACGAUUUAAAGACAAGAAUGACGAGGAAGCGGUUCAAGAAAUACAUAAACUAAUUGAAGGAAAAGCCCCAGUCAUAUCGGGAGUAACGAAAGCUAUUUCAUCUCCAACUGUAUCGCGCCUUACAGACACAACAAAAUUCACGGGUUCCCACAAAGAGAGGUUUGAUCCCAGCGGGAAAGGAAAAGGCAAAGCAGGACGAGAAGACCUCGUCGACUCUUCGGGAUAUGUAUCUGGGUAUAAGCAUGCAGGCACAUAUGAUCAUAAAGUACAAGGAAGCAAGUAAGCCUGGGUUAAAAACCUGAGAGAGAAUAUACCUGUAAGAAUGAUGUAGAUGAAUCCCACAUGAUUCAGUUAUCGUGAAUGCUAAGACUAUGUUGUCAAGACGUGUUUUCAGGAACUGGAACUGAUUUCAACAUCUGCUGAGAUAUUUGCAGCACAGCACCACUUCAUUACAUUCCUCAUGCUUACAUUGGCCAAAAAAACCCCAAAACAAACCCCGUAAAUAAAAGGUAACACAAAAGUUGUUGAGCUUUAGACAAGAAACCAAAAGCAAGGGCUGUUAUUCCACACCUUGUCAAUACUAGCAAAAGAUCUGCAAACAUUCCUAAAUGUCCAGUUUGUUCUUGGGUGUAGAAGACAACCUCUUUCCAGGUAAGUGGGAAGGAGAGUCUUGUGAUAGCAGCCUUUCUGAAGAGAAUAUCCAGAUAUUUAUGCUUUUUGAUUUGACUACUUAUUUAUUUGUAAAGGUGUCUUAAAAGGGACCUUGCACUGCCCUCAAAGACACAAAUUCAGCAUUGUACUAAUGGGAAAUAAAUGGCUGGAAUAUACAAGGUGCUAUCAUGAAAAUCAAAUUCCUACACCAUUUGUGAACAGCAAAAAAAGGACUUCUUUACUUCUGACUGAGACAAUUUAGGCUCCAAUUUAUUUGUGUCAGCAGAAAGAUGUGGAAGAUACCAGCCCUCAUUUCCCCACCCCUCAAAAAAUACCCAUAGACAAACAGACUUCUCAGAGCCAAUACUGUACUUCUUGCAAAUUACCACGCAUACCGGUAGCAUGGUUCUGACUGACAUACAGGACCUGGAUGGAGCUAACAUACUAAUAUGAGAUGUAAAAAGACUAGGCAUUACUAAGGAAGUCUUGAUGGAUAUAUUAAUAUUGUUUGCAAUCUGUUUUUAGUUUUGCACUGCCUCUUGAGUGAAGCGCAGGGGGCAUUAAGUUGAGAUACUUUGUAAAUGAGAAAUAUGAACUAAAUACCACUGAGGAGAUUUUCAUUAAGUUUGAUGCAUAUUCUCAUGAACAGGUAGACAUGCCCAGGGACACACACUCUCUUUAAGUCGGACCAGAUUUAAGAAAGUCCGUGGUCACUCUGAAAUACCCCAAAGAUGCUUAUCACAUAGUCGUAUAAGUGUAACCCACCACUAAGGCUAGUUAUGUGAUUUGCUAGUAUCCGUGUUUGAAGCAAAGAGGCUUGAUUCUCCCCCCACUGACCCUGCCAGUGCCAAGCAGGACUAAUUCCACCAAAGGCAAUGGAUUUCCACGGCUAUGAGAGGAGAGUGCAGUUCUCUGUCUGAAAAAUUUUAUAAACAGGCUGCUGAGUACCAACCCAUCUAGGCCCAGUGUAAUAAGUGGUGGUCCUUUGAUUAAAAGUGGCUCCUUCUAUGUCACUUAGUUUGCUGUUCUUUGUAUUCUAAGCCAUAUUGGCUCUUGAAAUUUCCAUAGAACAGAACAAGCGCUAGAUUUUCUCAGACUGCUGAUACAAAAUGAUAAAAAAAUCCAGUUAGGUUGGCUAUUUAGAAAUGCCAGGUUAAAGUUCUGCUUUGCUUUCUAUGAAACAGAGUUCAGACAUCGGCUUUAAUGUAGAAUAAAGGUUAAUCUACUAUACUGCCUCUUUUUUAUCACGAUCCCAUGCAGGGUUCUACUGUGCCCUAAAUAAAUAGCUUUCUUUAGUGAGUUAUAUGCACUAACCUCAUCUAACUCCUCAUGCAGGGCAACACUCUGUACUUGGCAUAUGUCCAGAAACUGAACACUAGUUUUCAACCCUUCAACAGCCUGUUUUUUGUUUUCUGCUGACAUUCAAUGGAAGCUUUUCUUGUAACUUUGCCUCCCAUGACCCUUUCAGCCAAUGCAUUGACGGGAAACCAAAACAACAAUAAUAAACACAGGGAAAGAACUUCCUCAUGGGCUUGGAGAUUCUGUGUUUUGCUUUUUGUUUGUGGUUUGUUUUGAUUUUUAGUUUGGAGGAGAGGAGGGAGUUUGCCAAAACUAACACGUGGUUUUUCACCAUUGGGUUUUUUCCUCUGGUGGCUCUGGUUACCUGAUACAAUUUUACACACACACCAGGCUGUCAGCCUGGAAAGAUUUAUGUUUGUGAAGAGAUUUCCAAGUGCUUCAGAGCUUUACCCACGUUUGCCAAAUAAUCCAAUUCCUGAAAAAGGAAGAAUUAUCCACUUGAUAUCUCGUACUGGCUACCUGCCAUCCCUUUCAAAGCUGGAUAAUAACUUUCAGCCAUGUUCUGGUACAUGGGAUUGCUAAAUUAUACCAAAGAGCAGUGGAGGGCAGAAAAAUGUAGGAAGUUCAUUCCUUCUCAAAAUACAGCAUUGAAACUAUACAUCUGGGCAGUCUUUGAGGACAUCUGUUUUUAUUACCACGAGCAGAAGGCUAAUGAACCUUGAAUUGGAUUACGGGUACCAUAGUACAGAAGCUGAAUCUUCUUACCAUUGACAUGAGCACUUGGAGCCUGAUGCAGUUAAGCAGGUUUGGGUCAGAUCCAAAGCAGAGACAGCAUCCUGCAUGUCAUUGAAUCCUUGGAGCAUUACUAGCAAACUACCGGUACCUUAUUCAGUACACCAGGCAAUCCCAGCUCCCAUGGGCUGAAGCGUUGAGAGUGUUUUGAUGGUGAUGAAAUACUAAUGAUCCCUGAGGUGGGUCAGUGCUCCAAAAGUUGUUGCCCUGCUCUGUGGCCAUACAGAUGAUGUGGCAAAGCUUUCAGGGAAGAGAUUGAAACUCACUGCUGUGGGCAAGUGAAAGGCCACAGACAGAGAAGGGCCUGAGUACAGAGGAGGCUCUGUGUUUAGAGUGGGUGCUAGUCUUACUUCCAUGCGCUGAUGUUGAGAAGAGAUGCUUAAUGACUGCUUGUCUCCCAGAUGUGGGUUUGAUGGUAUCAGCCCAGGUGUAGCCAGAGAUAUUGCCUGUUACUUCUGUUUUUAGAGGUCCUCUAAAAACAAAAAUGUUCCCUGAGUGUCUGAAUUAUAGCUCUGAGAAAUCAAUGGGAAUCUUUCCUCUGACUUCAGUGGGCUUUGGAUCCAGAGAUGACAACAUUGUACCUUGAGGAAUUUUCUUCUUAAAAAGCAUGAAUCCAUUCUGCUUUCAUUUUUUUUGUUUUGGUUUUCUUUAUUGGGUGUGUAGAAAGUUACUCUGAAAUGAGAGUGAGGAGGGAAGAUAAAAGCUGGAAAAAUAGUCCAUUCUGACUCUUUUUUGUUUGUUUGAGAUUUGAGAACACAGGGGAGCAACAGCUCGAAAGCACCUAUUUCUUAGGAGUGGAUUCAGCCUGGCUCUCACAGACAUAGUCUUUGUGGAAAGGAGGUGAAGAAUAUCUCCUGGCCCCUGUAUAGUUGCACAUCUUGCCUGUGAUACAGGCUUUUUCCUUUUGGCAUCUCAGAAGAUGGGCAGAGGGGAGGGUCAAUGAACAGGAGGCAGUAAGAUGCACUCAUCAAGAGAUGUGUAGCGAUAGGUGCUCUCACUGUCCACCAAUCCCUCUAAGUUGCACCAGAAUGGUAGGGACCUAACCCAUUACAAGUUUUGUGCUUGCCAUUCUUUUCCUUGUGCCUGAGCCCAUUCCAUUGCUCUAUCAGUCUGAUUUGACACACAUAAUCUUGCCAGCGUCCCCCUCUCACGCUUUCUUUCACUCUCUCAUGCACGCAUGCGAACCUUCCCCCCCAUUGUCCUCAUCAAGAUCCUGUCUUCUUUAUUGCAUUGCUCUCAAGUAUAAUUCAAUCUUGCAUCUUUUGAAGUUCCUAACACUGAGGAAAAUGUGAUGAGAUGCAUCAAAUGCAUUGGGCAGGCAAGGUUCGUUAAGUAGAUGCGAUAUCUUUUAUUAGACCAACUGAGUGCCCCCCAAGCACAAAACUUGUGAGUACUCAGUUGGUCUAAUAAAAGAUAUCCCAUCUUCUCAAAGAACCUUGCCUGCCUAUGUCCUUAGACCAACACAGCUACAACCAAAAACUCAGUUAAAUGCAUCAGGGCAGUCAUCCAACCCACAUCGCCCCCCCCGCUUUUUUUUUUUUUAAACAAAAUGAACAGUUUAUUUAAAAAUAAAUUCCUUAAACUACGGGUGUCAAAAAAUGGACCAUGGACCAGAUCGAGUCCAUGGAUUGUGUUAUUUGGCCUGUGGAGCUAGAAAUUUGGUGGUGGGACAAGUGGUGGCUGCUAUGGCUCUGGGCACCACAGCAAUUAAUGCUGCUGCUACUUAUUCUAUCCCCAGAUUUCUGGCCUUGUAGCCAGCCUGUGGAUCAGCUCCAUACUCCAGAUCCAGCCCAUGGGGAUCCCUGUGCUACUUAUCUGGCCUGUAGGCCUGGAUGAGUAACGUCUCUGCCUUAAAAAAUCGGAUUGAGUAUGUUCUGUAGGAUGUCCAGCCAUAGGGACUGGACUUCAGGCACAGUGUGUAAAUUGAAGCGUAUGCGUAAAUACUUGCAGGACAAAGGCCCAAGAUAAGAUGCUGAUUGAGACAAAAUAAUAUAAUUAAUUUUCUUAAAUCAUGAAUUGGCCUAAAAUUCUGUUUUGAUUCUGUCAUUACUGCUGGUAAAUCACUUAAAACGUACAAUGUGCUGUAAUGUAUAUGCAGUGUGGGUGCCUCACUACUUAGGACUUCUUUCCAGAAAUCCCACUUACAUAGAAUUCUCAGUAAAGUUUUCUUUCUUUUUUUUUUUUUUUUCAUGCCACAUAAACUAUUGUGACAGCCUUACAUAUUGGCCAUUUAAAAGGCCAAUUUUGUUUCAGGAGUUUUUCUGUAUGAACAAUUUCUGUAAGAUAACUUUUACUCAGAUAUUUAAGAAUCCAGACAAAGUAAAUAUUUUACACUGGGCAGGAUAAGCCACUGGUUUUAACAUUUGCACGUUGAUUUCCUAGCAACCCUUCAGUUUCAGUCAAAGAUGUAUGAUUUAUUUCUGGAUGCGUGUGUGCGUAUGUGUGUGUGUGUGUGUGCAUGUAUACCUAACUCAAAAGACUAUUCAAAUAUCAGAAUGUAUAUUUUUCAGUAGUUUAAGGACUCCCCCUCCAAAGAUAUUUUUGAUUAAAGCAUGAAAAUAUAAGUGUGUUUUGCUGACCCUAUGUGAAAAGGGAAAACCCACCCCCACAGCUUUCUCAAGUUAUAGAAGACAUAAUCUAAUAUAUAUCCUUUUUAAUUUUGUUAAUAACAUAUGGCAUUUCACAAAUCAGGUUUAAGGGAGUAAAAAGGAAUAAUUCCUACUGGGUUGGUUUGCAGUGGUAGGUGUAUCAUACUGUCCCAUAUAGGCUUGCAAAGAAAUGUAUUAACCCCCCACCAGAACUUAAACUUGUUAUUUAGAAAUCAGGUACUAUUUUGAAGCUCUUAACUGUUAUGAAAUAAAGUGUGAUUCUUUGUGCCUGGCUGUACCACAGUGUCAUUGUUGUUAAGCAUAACCCUGCAUACAUAGCAUACAGUGAUGCAUAUGUUUGUGUAUAGGGGGCAUUUGUCUAUCUUUUACCUAUAAGCACAAAGAAGUGUGCUCUGCCUCCACUAGCCAAGAAACAAUUCUGCCUGCAAUAAGAGCAUGUAACAUGUAGGUUCUUUUUCACACUAGCGUAUUCUUUGAGCACGUGCCAAAAUAAUAUCUUUUUGUUACGUUUUAUUUGUAGUGCAAAUAUGUGCUUUACUUGCCCUGUCAAUUGCUCAAUAGUAAAUAAUACUCUGUGUGUUUGCGUGUGUGUACAUGCUAUUGAUAGACCUAAUAUUUACCUGUAAGAGAGCUGAUUCAACAUUUAAAGCUUACAGGGGCAAAUCAUGACCUUGGCAUAGAGCUGUGGCUUGGCGCUCUCCAUUGUGUGAGAACAGAAAUUCCUCUGAGCAGGUGCUGAGCUCCUGCACAGGUGUGUAACCUCAUCCUGGCUCUAGAGGAAAGCAUCUUUAUCUCUGACCCUCAACUGACUGUAAUUCAGGGAUGAUGCCCCAGAGGAUUUCCUGCCUGGUGUUCCACUACAAGAGGAAUAGAGUCUGUAGUGAGGGAGUUGGCAAUAGCUUAUUGGCAUGGAUGUGCCCGAGGUAACUUCUUAAAGCUAUUUGGUGUAUAGGCCCUUGUUCAUAUUUGGGGCUUAUUGAGCCUAUGUGCUUUUGUAUCUCUAAUUUUUAAUGGCACAAGGCCAGUACACAUACUUUUCUCUACAGAAGGCUAGCCAUCUCAGCAUCAGUUAGAUCAAUGUAGAGCCAGUGUAUGUGGAGGGCAAAGGCUUUAUGUGUCCUUUUACACCUAGGGCCCAAGGAGAUGGCCUAUAAUUCUUACCAAAGCACAAUGGUAGAAUCCAGUAUAUGAAACAUAAUGGCAGAAAUGAUGAACUUGCGCCAAAUUCUUACUCGUACUACUGUCCACAUUUUUGAAUGGGAAUGUCUCAACUGGACACACCAAUAAAUCCUGUAGCUGGAGUGGCUAGUCAUGUUACUACUUAGAUACCCAGUUUUUCAUUUUAUGCCCCCCAAGUGCCCACUUGGGCAUGCAGAUGUAUUCUGAUAAGCGUCAGCACUUGAAAACAUUGAGAGGUUAUUUUCUGCAUUCUUUGUGAAACCUUUCUGACUGUAAAACUAGUAAAGGGCCACACCUAAAUGCCAGUGUAAGAAGGUAGUUCUGGCAAUUUUGAAAGACCUACAAACUGGUGUUGCAGCAGCCUCUGGGAGUUUGGGUAAACUGGACAGAACCUCCAAACACUUAAAAUAAGGGGCCAUGGAAAUUCUGCCUAUUAGAAAUGCUUGUGUUUGCAAAAACAGCCAUUUUUCAGUAUUGCUCCAAAUAUAUUGCCCUGAAACCAAAGGGGAAUUUCAAAGCCAGCUAAAAAUGAAAGAACCUAUAUAAUCUCAUAAAAGAUUUGGAAUGGUCUUGGAUUUUGGAUUGGUUCUUUUGUUCAAACCAGUUUCUAUUUUCCUGGUUAUGUGAUUUAAGUGGAGUCUUGCUAUAACAAAGCAGUUUGGUUAAAAAUAAGUAGAAUAAUUGUACCGGUGCAUUUACUGGGUAUUACUAAAAGCCAGUUCGAAAUAUUCUAAAGCCAUUCUGAAAUGGCUAAUAGACUGUAACAUCUUGUGAAUAUAUUUGGGUAAUUGUAUCCAGGAUUCUAUGAUUAUCAAAAGAAAGUAUCUUAAUGUUAGGCUUAUAAAUUCCUAUUUAAGUACUCAAAUUAUUGUCCUGAUUUUGAAAUGUAUUAAGCAGCUGGCUUAUUCAACUAAAAGCAGUCAGCUGAUGAUUUUUUUUUAUAUGUUUGUAUACAAGCAUCUCUUAAGCUCUUUAGUUACUGUAAAGUAUAUGGCAUUUGAAGGAAGCAGUUUUCAUUGUACUUUUAAUCUUCUAAAAAAUGUAUAGUGAAAAGUUUUAAAGCUGUUCACCAGUGGCUACUCACCAAUGGUGAACUGAGCCAGUGGUCUUCAGUUAUGAUGUAUAUUCAAGAUUUAGUUGCCUUUUACAGUAUUUAGCAAAUGCCACAGAACUUGAAUAAAGUUUCAUUCAUGUUAAUUAAAAAUUCAGCUUUGAAAAAAUAUAUUUAUGGGCCUCCCAUAACUCUCCAUUUUAAUUAGGAGUGGCUCUAUGGAGGGUACAAAAGAAAAAAGAAUAAAGGAAGAAUCUCUCCCUACAUGAUGGUGCAUUAUUUUAGGUUCCAGUUUACAUUAGUUGAGUUUGUGUUUGAACUUGCUCAAGUGCUAUUUUAAAUAAAGCAAGUUAAAAAAUGUGAAAUAGUUCAGCUUGGGCUCUGCUAAAUAUAGCUGGUGUUAAUUCAGAUGUUAAUUACAGCUUUUUAUUUUUCUGUGGUAAAUUAUUCUUGCUAGAUAUAUACACAUUUUUAAAGUGGUUAAAUUACAAAAUUAGAGCUCCUGUAAAAGAACCUGAACUUGUUGACAAAACUAUUUCUGCUAGCAAUGUAUUACAUGAGAUGACAAAGUAAAAGACAACUGCAAAAAUUACAAUAUGUAACAUGAGAACACGUGUUUUAUCUUUGGUGGGCUCAGAAUAACUUAGCUUCAGUAGACAGCUACAGCAGACCGUAUUUUCCCCAUAAUGUUGAUUGUAUAAAUUAGUUGGUUUGUCUUUUAAUGCUGCAUAUUAGAGGGAUAUAGUUAAUGUUGGGUAAAUGGGUCGAGGUGUAUCUUUGCCAAGUUUUAAAUUUUAAUAGUGUCAAAAAAUUAAGUAUCAAAGCAAAAAUGAUAUAUAUUUAUACAGAAGAAUAUUUUUUGAAUUCAGUUUCAGGGUUUUUUCAGCUGUGAACAUUUAUUUAUCCAUAUUAUGCUUUGCUCUUUCACUACACUUUUUAUUCGUAUCAUCUUGUUCCCGAAUAUACAGUUGAUUUGGCUUAUAUUUUGUCUCAUAUUUACACAUGUGGAGAAGUGCUUGCUGUCAGGACGUGCCCACUUAACGUAGCAAGUGUAGAAGAACUGCUUGACUUUGUGAUUACUGCUGUAGGUACUCAAUGUCAGAGCCAUGUUUGUGAUGUGGAGAUGGGUCUCGUUCUAGUCUUCCCUGGGGCACUGUGUAGCAUGAUAAAUGGUUUAAAUAAAUCUUACCAUUUCUUGA